AUGCUCAAAGCUCAGUGUAUCACCUUAUCGUCCAUAAAAGAAAGUCGUCGAUGCGCGGAACGUGCCAACAGCUCAAACAAUAAUAAUGCCUUUGAAGACACGACCGGAGCUCUAUCCUUCAUCCCGCCAACCAUCAACCCUACUCCUCUCCUACAAGGACAAUCAUACACAGUCUACUCCCCUUGUCCCCAAGCAAUACAACCCAUAAACCCAACAGCCAUAACAACAGACGACACGAACAAACCCACAGAAUGCGUCCUGGGUGUCGACGAAGCCGGCCGCGGCCCCGUUCUCGGUCCCAUGGUCUAUAGUGCAUUCUACUUACCGAAAGACCUCGAACAAUCGCUCCUUACGCAGGAACACAGUUUUGACGAUAGUAAAGUGCUUACGCCUGUUGUGCGUGCGCAAUUGAUGCAGUCGAUAUGUACGCCUGGUCAGUCUUUGCAUGAUUCAUGCGGAUGGGCUGUGAAGUUACUCUCGGCACGGGAUAUAUCAGCUGGUAUGAUGAGACCUGGUAUGGGGAUAUACAAUCUAAAUGCGCAGGCUAUGGAUGCUACGGUUGAGAUUAUACGGGGCGUGUUGAAUGAUAAGCAUAUUAAUGUGACGGAGAUAUAUAUCGAUACGAUUGGAAACCCGGCAACGUAUCAGGCGAAAUUGCAACGACUGUUUCCGACGUUGAGUAUAACGGUUGCUAAGAAGGCGGAUUCGUUGUAUCCGUGUGUCAGUGCGGCUAGUGUUGUUGCCAAAGUGACGAGAGAUGUUGCAUUGGAGAGUUGCUAUAGGGCUUUCUAUCAAGAACCAAGCCAGAAGACUGUCGAUGGAGACACAAAUAUGAUGGAAUCAUCCGAGACAAUACCACCUUCUGUAUCGAAAGUAGAAGAAUUAGGGUGGGGAAGUGGCUACCCCUCCGACUCGAAAUGCGUCAAUUGGCUACGACAGAAUAUGGACUCUGUAUUUGGCUGGGGAAAUGAAUGCAGGUUCAGCUGGGGAACUGCGAAGGAGAUGCUUGAUGGCAAGGAUGCUGUCAGAGUGGAUUGGCCUGCUGAUGAAGAUGAGGGAGCUGGACUCGCUGAUUUUCUCUCGGGGAACCACGUGUCUGGGACGACGGGGAAGGCUGAUGAUGUUGGGAAUUGGUACGGGACGAGAGUUACUGCUUUUUGA